AUGUUGGCAACCAACAGCGGGCCGACAUUGGCAACCGACAGCGAACCGACAUUGGCAACCGACAAAAUGCCAAUGGUUGAGCUGAUGGUGGACCGUCGAAGGGGGUCUCCUACAGAAAAGGUGCGAAACACUGAAACAUAUUCUUCCGGCAUUGUAUUCCGUUUCCUUGUUGGCAUGCGCAUUAAUGUCAACAAAAGCGAAAUAAUGGCACACGUGCAAAAACCGAGAUUAAAGGCGAGAUCCAUUGAUAAAGAUAUCCUGGAAUUGUUCUGGCAACUGUCAGAAGGAAAGGAACCGUCACGUAUUGCUGCUGUAUCGGAGCUUGUCUCCAAGUUACUUCAAAAACAGACAAAGGACGAGUUUGCCACAGUGCUCCAGUAUGUGUUACAAAGACUGGUCAAGGGUCUCGCCUCGGGAAGGAAGUUCGCACGACUUGGCUACUCCAUGGCUCUUACACAGGUUUUACGAGAGUUUGAGAUGAUUACAGUCGAAGAUGUGCUGCAAAUGUCGGAGAAAUGUCUGACUUUAAAACAUAAUUUAACUAAAUCUGAAGCUGGCAAUGUGACAUUGGGAAAGGCGUUUGUCUGUCUCACACUUAUGCAGUCAGGGAGGUUGUUUAAGGGCUCGAAAAAACUAGUGCAGAAAGUUGUCACUCUGCUGGUAUACCUGCCCCGAGAGAAGACGUACCUUCACCCAAUCUGUAUCCGUGCACUGUCGAUGAUAAUUGCCACGGUGAACACGAAGGUCUUUGAGAAGUACGUCUACCCUCAGUUGCAGGAUCAGCUGACGAAAGGCUGGCAGUCAGCCACACCCGAUGAUAUCCUGUUGCUUGAUGUCUGCUGUCAGCACCAAAUGGAGACGGUGGAUAAGGACUUUAUUAAGGAACACUGGGACUACUACCCUUUAAUAUGUCCCAAAAAUUACCAACACAUUUCACGAAUUCUCAUGGACUCGUCAUUGAAGUUCCCACUAGUUCAUGAAAUCGUUGAUAUCAUCAUCAAGCAUGUGAUAUCUCUAGAACUCGGUGUGCAGACCUUCUGGAGUGAAGUUGUCCACGAUUUGUUUGAUGGUAAUGUCAAGCGACAGCAUCUGGGGUUGACAGUGUUCGGCAAACUGCUGCCACAUAUUCGCACAGCUGAAGAGAUGCAUGGCAUUCUCAGCCCAGACGUGGUGCUGUGUUUGAUGAAACAUACUCAGAAGAAAGAUGAUCCAUUGAUGGCUAUCUGCAAACAAGUGGUUGAUCUUCUGAUUGCAUAUGUGAAGUCAUCCCAUAACAAAGAGAUGGAGCUGACAGUUUUCUCGUCGUUAGUCUGUAAUCCCUGUAGUCCAACCACAUUCGGCUCUCAGAGAAAAAACAUACUCGGCUCAUUUGUAGCCAUCUUUUCUGAUGAAACUAUUAAAGAGCUCAGUUCACUUCUCAUGUUACACAUCAGUGGAAAGAAGACUGGACGCUUGCCUUUAGAUGGAGACUACUCUGUGUGGGCCUGCAGUGAACUGAACAACAAUUUGCGUGUUUGCAAGGACUUUGACUUGCGGGUUUCAGUGCUACAGUUCCUCUGUCUCCACGCUUUUUUCAAAAUCAAAACAGUGUCAGACAUGUUAAAACAUUGUGAUGUUAUACCAGCGACAGACAAACAUGCAUCUGCAUCAAGUAUCCACUUUACCAAGUCUCUUGCUCAGAUGGUGACCUUUCAGCCAGAAAAAGCUACAAAAGUUGAAAAGUUUGAGAUAUAUCUGCAUCUGCUUUAUGAAGUUAUUCAGUAUGCAGAUAAAUUGAUGAAAUCACCAGACGUGGUCAGCAUGAAAAAUCCAUUUACAGAAGAUAUCCAGGAAGAGUGGGACAAAGUUAUUGAUGUUGUUAACAAGAUGGAAUCUUCCAGGAAGGGUAAAGAAUCGAGCUCGGUCGGCCUGAAAGAAGCGUUUGAGCUCCUGUACAUGUUUCUUGCUCUCCAGAUGUUCACCGAGGCAGACAGCGUAAUCCCCCUUCUCAUGGAUGUUCAUGUGUGUUACAAGAAGGCUUCCCAGAAGAGAAGACAAUCCAUGCACAAAGCAUCUGACGACCCUCACUGGAUGGAGGUUAUAACCGAGGUUCUUGUUAGUCUGUUGUCUCAGAACUCGAACCUCACUCGUGUUGUCACUCGCACGGUGUUCAAGACACUCGCUGAUCACACCACUCGUGACUCACUCGCUGUCAUCAUCAAAGCCAUCCAGCCAAAGAAAGUGAGAGAUGCGGAGGACGAAGAAGACGUAUUGUCUUUUGAAGAGGAAGAGGAGGAAGUAGAUGGUGAUAAAAUGGAUACAGACUCUGUUAGUGACAAUGUUGAGGAGGAGGAGGAGGAGGAGGAGGAUGACAGUGAUGAUGAGAAUGAGGAUGCUAGUGACGUUGAUGAAGUGGACAACAGUUUCCGACAGACAGUACAAGCUGCACUUGGAGAUGCUGGUGAAGUUGAUGACGAUGAUGAUGAUGAAGAUCUUCCUGAUUUUACUGAUGAACAGAUGUUUAAGCUGGAUGACAAAUUGGCGGAAGCUUUUCGAAGUCUUAAAAAAGGCCGAUCAAAGGAAGAAAAGGAGAAAAAAGCACAAAUAGUUACAUUUAAAACAAGAGUGUUGGACCUGGUGGGCAUUUUGGCCAGCAAUCCCCCAUCUAUUGGCAUUAGCAUAGAUCUGCUGCAGGCUGUUCUCCAAGUGAUGGAGUCGGGGGACCGGCUACAAGAAGAACAAGUCUUGUACAACAAAGCCAGGCAGUGCCUAUCUGAUCUGUGUCACCAGAAAAAGAUGACGGCCGAUGGUGGAGUUGACAAACAUAAUUUGUUUUCAGUUUUCCUCAAUCUCAUCCAGUAUUCAAGGAAAGUGACCAGCAUGACGAUGGUGACACACAUUUCCAAUGCCUGUCUGUUUGUGAUAAGUCUCCUGCUAAAUCCUCUGAGAGGAGAAAGUACAGAUCCGUCUCCUGCUAAAACUAGGUCAAACAAGUCACACAAGUCACAACCUAACAAACAGACAGAUCACCAGGCUGCUGUUGUUGAUGUGGUGCAGUCGUCUCUUUCUGACUUACUCUACAAAAAAGAUCACAGAUUACAUGUGCAGUUUUUUGACAACAUGCUGAAAAAAAAAAAAAUGUUUUGGCCGUUGUGGGAUACAUUGCUUCAGGUUCUACAAGAUGACACUGUCAAACUGCACAGUAGGACUCAGGCAUGUUCAUUAUUGUCAGCUUUGCUGAAUAAUCUCCAGGUAAAAGAAUUGAAUCAAGAGGUGUGGCAGGAGUUUGCUGGACAGUUGGCAAUGGCACUGAAAGAGAUAAUUUUGACCCUGAACGCGGAGAAGUUGAAGCCGAUGCUUGUUCGUGAAGUGUUCAAUUUGACGUUCAGACUGUUCAUCAUGAACAAACCAGCAGUGAUGAAGAUUUUCGAUAGUGAGAUGAGAGAGAAACUUAAUACUCUCAAGGCCAAACUCGAUACAGACACAAGAAGAAUCUUUAACAAAAUCUACUCACAGUUCCCUAAAGAGCAGACUAAUGGAGACGUUCAUUUGGAAAAAAAGAAGAAAACAAAAAAACAAAAACUUGAAAAGAAAGGAAAUGAUUGUUCAGACAGUUCACCUUCACCAGCGAAAGUGAAGAAAAUCAGCUGAUCAUACUGAUGUUAUUAGGCUAUGUAUACAAUUCAUGUUGCUAUCAAAUAAAGAAGAGGCCAUUACCACAAUAAAGAAGCUUCUAUUUUAUAUUAAUUUUAUGUCAAUAUAUUGUGGAAUAUUAUUCUGUCUUUAGCAAAUGUUAAAUAUCACUGUGAUAUGGUGAUUCGGAGAGGAACAACAGUGACAAUACUUUUAUGACUGGUCAUGUUCUUUCACAGAAGUAACAUAAUGCAGUGUGGUUGUUACCGUAUUAUUGUAAUAAAUUGUACAGCUAGUGCAAUAAAAUUCUAGCAGUCUGCAGAUAUUAAAAUAGAUAAGUAUUGUUUGAAUAAAAACAACACAUGUU